AUGCGCUCCUGGGCGCUUCAUGCGCUCCUGGGCACGGACGGGCGCUUCAUGCGCUGCCACAGACCCGGCCCGAAGCACGGCGAGGCGAUCCGCAGACGGAUCGGUGCUUCACGCGCCCGAUCCCGAGCCGCGAGAGGGAACAGACGGGUUCUGCGGACCAAGAAAAAGCGCCGCCCACGAAGGGUCCAGAAAUCUGGGCACCCUUCCAACAUGGCUACCGCGGCGGGUGGCGCCGGCUGCCCGCCCCCUCCUCCCCCCAACAACAACAACAACAACAACAAGUCCAAGAGCCCCAGGAACGGAGGCAGGCGCCGCAGGAACCGCCGCCAGUCACGCAACAGCGACUCUGACCCCGAGCUCCAGGGAGCCACUGCUGACCCCUCAUUUUUCCUGGAUGAAGACUGCCUGGAGUACCUUCCUGAGAAGUUUGACGGCAACCCUGACGCACUGACUCCGUUCAUCGCCCAGUGCCAGGUCUUCAUGGAGAAGAGCUCCCGAGAUUUCAGCGUUGAUCGCACCCGCGAGGAGAAGGAGAGAAACAGCAAGCUGAACCUGUGCCUGUACUGUGGCAACGGAGGCCACUACGCUGACAACUGCCCCGCCAAGGGAAACAACAACAGGAAUUCACUCGGGAAACUCCCCGGCCCCGCUGUAGAGGGACGUGCAGCGACUGGGCCUGAACGUACAAGGUCCCCAACCCCCGAGGCUCCGACUUCGCAUCUGCAGGUGAUGCUCCAGAUCCAUAUCCCCGGCCGAAACACCCUGUUCGUCCGAGCUAUGAUUGAUUCUGGCGCCUCCGGCAACUUCAUCGAUCAGGAAUAUGUCAUCCAGAACGCCAUCCCUCUGAGAAUCAAGGAAUGGCCAAUCAUGGUGGAAGCAAUUGAUGGGCAUCCUAUAGCCUCGGGCCCAAUCGUUCUGGAAACGCACCACCUGAUUGUUGACCUGGGUGAUCACCGAGAAAUCCUGUCCUUUGAUGUGACGCAGUCUCCGUUCUUCCCCAUCGUCCUGGGAGUUCGUUGGCUGAGCACCCACGAUCCUCACAUCACCUGGAGCACUCGCUCCAUCGUCUUCAACUCUGAUUACUGCCGAUUCUACUGCAGGAUGUAUUCCCAAAUACCUCCUCCUAUGCUGCUGCCAGUACCUCAUCCUCCACACCUCCCCUUCUUCUACCACGUGGAUGGAUACAGAGUCUACCAGCCUGUGAGGUACUACUAUGUGCAGAAUGUGUACACUCCUGUGGAUGAGCACGCCUACCCGGGUCACCGGCUGGUCGACCCUCACAUUGAGAUGAUCCCCGGAGCGCACAGCCUUCCCAGCGGACAUGUGUACUCCCUGUCCGAAUCCGAAAUGGCGGCCCUGCGAGAUUUCGUGGACAGGAACGUGAAGAAUGGACUCAUGACUCCGACCGUCGCUCCCAAUGGAGCCCAGGUCCUUCAAGUGAAGAGAGGAUGGAAACUCCAAGUCACCUACAAUUGCAGAGCUCCCCACAACUGCACAGUCCAGAAUCAGUACCAUCGCAUGUCUCUUCCAAACAUGGAGGACCAGGCGCACCUGGCAACCUACGGAGAAUUCGUCCCUCACGGUCAUGGUGGAUACCACCACCACCACCACCACCCCCACCACCACCAUGCCCCGGCCUAUGCUACCUUUGCAGGUCAUCACCUGAUGUUCGCAUGGUACCCAGUGGGACGAGAUGUUCAUGGAAGAGUGAUCUUCAUGCCCUUUGUGGUCACCUGGUGUCCACACGGAUACCACCAUCAUCCUCUUCCAGUGCCCCAGUAUCCUCCUCCGCAGCCACCACCUCCACCACCUCCGCCACCGCCACCACCUCCACCACCUCCUUCCUACAGUACCUUGUAAAUAAAUACCUGUUCUCUGGAGAGCCUCCGCCCUCAACUUUCUCCUGUGUAGCUUCUCAAUCAAGGACUGUGUGCUACUGGAUCUUCAGGCCACCUCAGGCACAAAGGCACACGGGACUGAACUGCCAAUUAGUAAGAGAAGCUGAUGCAAACACAGGACAUGCUGAUUUCUUACAGAGGGGGAGGAGAGGAACACAGGACCUCGCCCGUACAAGGGACGGGCACCUUAUAAAGGAAGCCAGACUUUCUGGUGCAGCAUGGAAAGGCUUCCGUGAUUCUCUUGCUGCACCCUCUGAAACUUCACCAUCUUCAAACUCCAUCUUCAUGGUUCCGUUAAUUUUCAAGGAGCAGCAACUUGACUGGUUCUUGAAAAGGAAGUGCUUUCUUAGAUAGACUUGUGAGUGUGCCUUCAUGUUCUGGUGCAGAUCACAUGUACCCAAGAACUCUGGCGUUGACACAACAUCUUACCAUCAUCAUACCAGCAAAGUGUCUGCCUCCUUAUGCAUCUGGGCACCCUAUCAGCCUGUAUCGUGAGGAUGUUUAGAGAGGGGAAAUGAUUUUGCACCCAGAUGCACACUCCCAACAUAGAAGAUGUAUUUGAAGAAUUAGAGCACAGGACAUCAACUUGAAGAUACUGGCUUUUUAAGAAUGAGGUCUCUUGCUACUACCUUGAACAUUUGUCUAACCUCUUUCUGUUUGAUUCUUUGCUUCUGCCAUUAACCCUGCUGCAGGAUUUGUCUCCUUCCUGCCUGACUGCUGACUCCAUUUUGCUGCCAUGCAAGGAGAUGAAAGAGGCAGGUCUAACGGAGCAUGUGUUUCAGCACAGUCUCCAGUUGCCAAACACAGUUUGAGCAGUAGGACACAACAUGGUUUUUUUUUGUCUUCAUGGUGAAGUUUCCUUUUCCAUCCACAUGAUCUCUCCCUUAUCCUUGCAUGUUUAAGUAGUUUAGUAGUUUUGUUUUGUUAAGUAUGUUACUUUCAAGUGUUGGCUAGGCUUUCAGAAUUUCCAUUGAAUUAUAAAGUACUAUACAUACACCUACAAUCUCAAAUCUAUCAAUUGGGUCUUUAAAAUUCACACACACACACACACAAAAGGAUAUGAAAUUCAAAAAAGAAACCUAAUUGGCUAUUGAUUCUUGUUCAAUGGGAUCAGAAAGCUCGUCGUCAAUCAUCAUGUGUUUUACAUUAAUUACUUUUAAAUGGUGCAUUUGUGCUUCUGAUUUUUGUGAAGCAUCACUUCAGUUUACCUCAGAACUCAAUUCCAUCCUUCAUGCAUUUUUUAAUUGAUUUGAUCUUCAAGCUGCAGAGUGCCUAGGAAUGGGCCAUCACCUGCAGCCCUGGCAUAGACACACGGACAUUUGCCACAACUGCAAGCGAGUAUUUGGAGAAGCUGACCAUAGCCGUCAGGGAGGACAUGCUGGUGUGACAGCUCACAGCUUCACAGACAAUAUCCCUGACACACAUUGGAUUGUUUUUUGAAGCUUGCCAGUGACUUUCGGCAGUGUGUACUAUGCUCUGUUCCUAUAUAUACUAGCUAUCAAUGUUAGGCGUUAAGGAUAAGUACUCUUCAAAUUUAUAAUGCUGAAAUUUUGUUAAGUUUCCUUUUGUUUUUUAGUUUGUUAAGUUUCCUUUUAUUUUGCUUCUGUUGAUCAAAUUUACACUAAUCGUUCCUUUUAUUAUUUUUCUUUUAUUUGGCAUUUCCAACAAAAUAUGCCUUUAUUCAUUUAUUAGGAAAGAAAGAUAAGUUGGAAAAGGAGGAGAAUACAAACUGACAAAAUUAGCUAAUUGGCUGUCGUCCCAAAUUUUUAUUUUUCAUUAAUGAUGAAGGGGAUGUUCCUAUUGCUGGUCAUGAAGGUCAUCAUGAAGGGUCAGUUUAGUUUGAACCUGGAGGCAUUUGGCGGAGAUACUAAUUUGAGAUGGGCAUCUGUAUGGUGCAGUCUAGAAUUGUGUUUAAGUUUGCAGGUACCUCUUGGACUCCUGAACUGAUCUGGCUGUCACACGUCGUCGACAUCCCACAUCCCACCCAGUUACCAGAUUGACAACAGAGAGCACCGUGUUGGAGAGGCCGGAGCUGUCAUGAAGGACCACCUGCGGAAGAGAAGUGUCUGCAGGAACCGUACUACAUACUCAGCUGGAGAGGGAACACGCAUCUGAUGAGAAUGGAAGCUUUGGUUGUUUCAGAUUGUAGAAUGGUUUUUGAGUUGGUUUUGAAUAUUGCAUUGUUUUUCUUUUCUUCUAUAGUCAAUUAAGUAAUAGGGGAUACAUAAUCAUUAAAAAUUUUAGGCUGGGAGGGAUUAUUAAGUAAUUUAGGUGGGUGGGUAAGUUAGGGGAUAAGUUAGGAUAAGAUAAGAUAAGAUAAGAUAGGAUAAGUUAGGAUAAGAUAGGAUAAGAUAAGAUAGGAUAAGAUAGGAUAAGAUAGAAUAAGUUAGGAUAAGUUAGGAUAAGAUAGGAUAAGUUAGGAUAAGAUAGGAUAAGUUAGGAUAAGAUAGGAUAAGAUAAGAUACAACAAGAAGUGGACACGUGUACUUAUUUGUCCCUCUAACCCUCCCUAACCUUACCUUAAGAUUCUAUUUAGGGGGGACUGCAGGGAAAUCAACAUUUUGAUGUGUGAAUUAGACAUGGAUAAAAUUGUAAUGAAAUUUCAAAGAUGAUUGGAUUAAUCUAAUAAAGGCUCUAGGAAAUUAACUCCAGGGAUAGAUUGUGAGUAAAACCUUGAGAGAGUUACCAGAUGAUAGAUAUCAUUUGAGAAACUGUUGCUGGAAUAAAGUUUGUAAUGCCAAAUGAUAAAUAUUCUUGGAAAUUGUAAGAAAGUGAUGAAUAAAAGCAUUGUUAUUUCCUUGUCAGUAACCUCUUUCUAUUCCUUCCCCUCCCCUUCCCUCCCCUCCCUAACCCAUCCCCUUUUU